AAAAAAAAAUUAAACUAAGAACCAAAACGAAUGUCAUUUGUUCAUAAAAAAAUUUAUUUUACAACAAAUUAUAGGUAAAAUGUACUAAGGUGUUGUUCCGCUCACUUGAACGUUAGUAUUAAUUUUUUAAUGACAUCAAGCACUAACAUAAAUUCUACCACUUCCGGUUACUCUUGAGGAGGACGUUGGGGUCAGUCACGUCGAGCUCACGAUACAAACAUGUUUCGAGUUGCAUUAAGAGCUUCUGCUUCUCUUCAAAAUGCCGCCAAGCAGUGCUUGAAGGUUCAAGGAUCUGCCCUCACUGCUGUGCGUCAUGGACAUGGCAAAGUGGAAACUGAAGAAGAGUUCGACAGCAGAUAUGUGAAGUACUUUGAUCGACCAGACAUUGAUGGCUGGGAAAUCCGCAAGGCUAUGAAUGAUUUGACUGGUGAGGACUUGGUACCCGAGCCUAAAAUCAUCAUUGCUGCUCUGAAGGCCUGUAGAAGACUGAACGACUACUCCUUAGCUGUGAGGUACCUUGAGUCAGUACAGUGGAAAUGUGGGACCCAAAAGGCAAAGAUCUGGCCUUAUAUACACCAGGAGAUCAAACCCACCUUGGAAGAGCUUGGCAUCCUGACACCAGAAGAGAUGGGUUAUGAUAAACCUGAACUAGCCCUGAAGAGUGUAUUUGACAUGUAAAUGCCUAGCAGUGAAGUAUUGAGUGACAGGAGAACUCGGUGAAGUGCACAGAGGGCCUGAAAUUCCGUCAGCUGUUGGGUGUUUUGUGUACUGUCAUUUUUAUCUAGUAGCAGUCAGUUCUCUACUUUUUUCAUUAUUGAAGUGAAAUAAAUGUUGAAAAUUUUU